AUGCUUCUGCUGUUCAUUACCGUUGAUAGAUACGUGUUCAUUGCAAAGCCUUUGAAGUACCCAUUGAUCAUAACAUCGAGAAAAAUUAAGGUAGCUGUCCUUUGUAUUUGGCUGGUUGCAGCGUCGUUGCUUAUAGUUCUCGUUUCUGUCCGCGUGAUGGGCGACGAAUCUGAACACGAAUCAUUACAGUUGCUUCACACAUUUCUGUUCCCAAUUCCCAUUGCUAUCAUAGCAUUUCUGAAUUACAAGAUUUUAAAGAUCGCGCGAGAACAGCGACAACGAAUGGUUUCAGAAACUGGACUACAGUCUGAGCAAGUAAAGUUGGAAGAAAUUCAGCCGGCCGGACCACUACAGAGUAGUGAUGAACAAGAAAGACCAGCACAAGAACGCGAAGAAAAAUCAAACUCCGAACAUACGGAGCGAUCGAGCGAGCAAUACAUAGCCUGGUUACAUCACAUCGUAAAAGAAUUGAAAGCAGUAAAGACAUUUGCCAUUAUCUUCGCUAUUCUGACAUGUUGUUUUGUUCCAUAUAUUAUCAUUAUGUUGCUUCGAUCAUUUUGCAGCUGCAUGUGUUUCUCGGGCGACGUUAAGGUUUCUAAACUCGCAAUACAUAUUGUUUUACAACUGAUUGGUAUAAACUCAAUUGCAAAUGCCUUCGUAUAUGCAUCAAGACAUAGAAAAUACAGCAAUGCUUUUGUAAAGUUUUUUUCUACCUUUCGGGCACGCCUGUAA